CUCUUCCUCUGCUCAGGCUGGUUGCUAAGCAGCGAUUUGCAGGCUGCUGCAGCCACUUGGUAUGAUCCUCCUUAGCCUAUCAGCUGAAGGCUAUAAUGAGCGUAGCCUGCACACUGUAGCACUUUCAUUGCAAGCCUAAAUGAAGCUCCUCAGAAGAGAAGGAGGCAGGGAGAAAAUAAAAACUAGCCUUUCCUAUCUGAGGAUGAGGAGGAUGAUUGGAAAUGGCCCGUGACCCCUGAGAUGUGAUGAUGAAAGGAGGAAAAGAGAAGCGGGUACUGCUUGAUGAGUGUGAAGGGCUGCUACACUGACUUUCACAUUGAUUUCGGGGGCACAUCUGUGUGGUACCACAUUCACAGGGGAGGGAAGGUGUUCUGGUUAAUUCCUCCAACGCCUCGUAAUUUGGAGCUGUACGAGGAGUGGGUCCUGUCUGGGAAGCAGAGCGAUGUGUUUCUGGGAGACAGAGUCGAUGGGUGCGAGAGGAUUGAACUGAAGCAAGGAUACACGUUCUUCAUCCCGUCAGGGUGGAUCCAUGCAGUCUACACUCCAGAAGACACUUUGGUGUUUGGUGGCAACAUUCUGCAUAGCUUUAACAUUCCCAUGCAGCUGACCAUCUAUGAGAUUGAGAACAGGACAAAGGUUCAUGCCAAAUUCCGCUACCCUUUCUACUAUGAGAUGUGCUGGUAUGUCUUGGAGAGAUACGUGUACUGCUUGACUAAACGCUCUCAUCUCAUCAAGGACUUCCAGAGGGAUUCAAUGCUAAUUGAUGUAGACAGGAAACCGAGCACAGAGAGCUUCUCUUCGGAUUCUCGACUAGACAUGGACGAGGAGUCGGGCGACGCUCCGGUGACAGAGGAGAGGCUGGAGGGGCUGGAGAAGAGCGUCCGGUCCUCGCUGGACGGCUCCUGCUCCCCAGAGACCAAAGACAAGAAAAACAAACCCUCGGGCGCUGGGAGCCGCCACUUGAAACAGACUUUGUCAAACGACUCUGACGACAGCACCAAGUCGACCACGCCGCUGGACUUCCCCAAAACUCCGUCGGGAUCCCCCGUUUCAGAAGCGUCAAGCAAGUGGACCCACCUGACGGAGUUCGAGCUCAAAGGGCUGAAGGCGCUGGUGGAGAAGCUGGAGUCCCUGCCGGAGAACAAGAAGUGCGUCCCUGAGGGGAUAGAGGACCCGCAGGUGCUGCUGGAGGACAUGAAGGUUGUUCUGAAGGAGCACGCAGAUGAUGACCCCAAGCUGGCUAUUACAGGGGUGCCUGUGGUGUGCUGGCCCAAGAAGACAGUAAAGCCAUGCCAGUUUGCUUCAAGCCGGGCCCAUAAUGAAAAAGAAAUGGCAAUGUCACUGAGUGCAGAUGACGAGGACUAUGACUCAGAAACGGAUCAGGUCAGAAUCCAGCAUUUCUAA